CGCCAUGGCCGCUGCGGCCGGGGACGGCGCGGUGAAGCCGCUGCAGAGCGCUAUGAAGCUGGCCAACGGGGCCAUCGAGCUGGACACCGGCAACCGACCGCGGGAGGCAUAUACAGAAUACCUGAGGAGCAUCCACUACAUCUCCCAGGUCCUGCUGGAAGAAGCGGAAAUGAUCAAAGAAGCUGGGGAGAUAGUACCCCCAGACACCUCGAAGAUGCUGAAGCUGGCUGAGCAAUGUUUGGAGAGGGCCCAAUCAACUGCUGCCAAGCUAGGGAAGCCAUGCCUGAAGCCAGCCAAACCUGUGACUGCUGCAGUCCCCUCACCGACCAGCCGACACCGCCGAGUGUAUUCAGAUGAAGGGGGCAAGCUCUCUCCUUUUCUACCCCCUGAGAUCUUCCAGAAGCUUCAGAUGGUGGAGUCGCAAAACUCUAAGAAGGAGCUGACACCACUGGAGGAGGCCUCCCUGCAGAACCAGAAGCUGAAGGCUGCUUAUGAGGCCCGUAUGGCCCGUCUGGACCCCAGCCAGGCUGUACAGAAGACAUCCCUCACCCUGUCCCUUCAGCGGCAGAUGAUGGAGAACCUGGUGAUCGCCAAAGCUCGGGAGGAGACGCUCCAGAGGAAGAUGGAGGAGCGCCGGCUGCGACUACAGGAGGCAGCCAACAGGAGGUUCUGCAGCCAGGUUGCCCUGAGCCCGGAGGAGCGGGAGCAGCGGGCCCUCUACACUGCCAUCCUUGAAUACGAGCAGGACCAUGACUGGCCAAAGCUCUGGAGGGCCAAGCUCAAGAGGAACCCAGGGGACCUGUCGCUUGUGACCAGCCUAGUUUCCCACCUCCUCAGCCUUCCCGACCACCCCAUCUCGCAGCUCCUGCGGAAGCUUCAGGGCACAGUGUACGGCGCGCUGUACCCGGUGGUGAGCAGAGCCGCGCAGAGUGCCGCGCCGGCCCCCGGCUGCUGCUCUCUGCCCUCGGAUGCCGAUGGGCCAGUGGUCCCCGGGAGCCGGCGGCUGCGCGCCUCCCAGAGCCUCCACUGUGUGUUGUGCCCCCCAGAGCCGGCUCCGCAGCCGCAGGACGGGCCCCCUGACAGAGGAGUGGUCGGCAGCCCAGUGGGGCCUCCCUCGCCCUUGGGGGAUGCCGCGUCCCAUUUGCGGGACAAGGACAGCUCCUUCGAGGACCUGGAACAGUUCUUGGCUAUGUCCGAGAGGUGGGGCCUGGGGCCCGGGGGGCGGUCCGAGGCACAGAACCCCGGAGCUAAGAGGGAACCGUUGCUGGAGCAGCUGAAGAGCACAGUAAAGGACAUCCACAACGCCAUCGACAGGCUACUGUCACUGACCCUUCUGGCCUUCGAAGGCCUGAACACGGCUGCUGCCAAGGACCGCUGCCUGGCAUGCAUGGAGGAGGCCUUCUUCUCCCCGCUGUGGGCCCCACUACUGGCUCUGUACAGGAGUGUGCAUCGAGCCCGGGAGGUUGCCCUGAGCAGGAGCAUGGAACUCUACAGGAAUAUGGCCGCCACGGCUCUCGGUGUCCCCACCAAGCUCCUCCCCCAGGACCCUGAGGCCCAGGGUGCAGGCGCCUACCCCUACCAUGCUGCAGUCCAGGAGCUGGGGCUGCUGGUCCUAGAGAGCUGCCCCCAGAAAAAGUUGGAGUGCAUCGUGCGAGCCCUGAGGGUCAUCUGUGCAUGUGCAGAGGACUGCUGCCGGGCCCAGGAGACCAGUGCCCCGCCUGGUGCUGCCGCCAUCGGCGCCGAUGACCUGCUGCCCAUCCUGUCCUUCGUGGUGCUGCGGAGUGGCCUCCCCCAGCUGGUGUCAGAGUGCGCAGCCCUCGAGGAAUUCGUCCACGAGGGGUACCUGAUUGGAGAGGAGGGCUACUGCCUGACCUCGCUGCAGAGCGCCCUGAGCUACGUGGAGCUGCUGCCCCGGGGGGCCCUCGGGAAGUAGCCGGGUGCACCCCAGGCCCCUGCUGCCUCCCUGCACUCGAGCCAACCUUCCCAGGAGCUUCCACUCUGCCAGGGGUCGGAUGGCAGGUGGUUGUGGUUGGGGCUGUCCAGUCCCCUCCCCCUCCCUAGCCCAACACCUGCCCUGGGGCUCCACCUAUGACAGUGUGGGGCUGCGAGCAGCACCCGGGAACUAGGCCCUUCUCUCUCCCACCCUGGCUCUGAGAGGUUAUAUGGAGGGAUCCUGGAGCACCCAGGGGCCCACCUGCUCAGCCCAUGAGCGUCAGGCCAGGCCUGGGCCAGACCAGUCAAGCCCCUGUGGUGGCAUGCACUGCCAGGUAUCAGGACAGAGAAGGGACUCUCCUGUCCCACCCAUGACAGUCUCCACUCCCCUGAGCCAGUUUCUUAUUGGAGCCAAGAACCAGAGCCUUCAAAGCAGCCUAGAGGCCGGGCCUCAAGGCCCUUGAGACUGAGCUGUUUAUUUAUUGGACACUGACUACUCUCCCCGAGGCCCCAGGUCUCCAUCCUGUCCUGGGGCUUGAGCCUCACACCCACCCAGGCCAGGACAGCCGACACCCAUCCUCACUUGGGCCGCGCGAGCCUGAGUGUCCGAGUGAGCCUGAGUGUUCACAGUGCCCCCUCUGUUACGUGCUCCCAUAGGGCUGGGCAGGGGGACACUGACCUGGCCGAGAAUAAAGAGGUCACUGCUGUCGUCACCCUGCCUAGCUCACUCUGCCCCAUGCUAUACUCUGGGCAGGCCAGGCAGGCACAGCCACCCCUUCUGACCACCAAAGAGGCAAAAAGGCAGCCU